AAUGUUCUCUAUGUUCCUGAUCUACAAGAUAACCUAAUUUCUGAAGGACGGUUAGAUGACAAAGGAAUGACUAUCAUACGAAAGAAUGGUUUUGCAAAAGUUAUAGAUGUCGAUGAAGAUGUUUUCCAGGGUCAUAGAGUUGGUUUCCUGUACUAUGUUAUGACCAGGGGUAGUGCAUCUAUAGAGGAGAUAAGAGAAAGAGAAGAAGCACCAACCAUGACAGCAUAAAUGCUUUCCGUGUAUCUACAAAUUUAUGGCAUGAUCGUUUAGGUCAUCUUCACAAAGAAGCUAUUGAGAAAAUUGAACCAAUUGAAGACAUGUUAGGUAAGAGUAAUGAAACUUGUGAGACUUGCAAUCGUGAAAAUCAAGAGAGAAAAUCUGAUGAAGAUGAAACCGAAGAAGAAUACCAGCUUGAUUGCUACCAUGAAGAAAAUCCAAAGCAAGGGAAGGAAGAAACUAUCGAUGAACCUAAUGUACAAGAAGAAAAAAACGAAGAUGAACUACAACUACACUUGAUUGAAGCAGAAGAAGAAAAUGAAGAUGCCUCACAACUACAAGCAGUUGAAGCAGAAGAGGAAAACGAUGUCUUACAACCACAAUUGGCUGAAGAAGAACCUACAUUGAGAAGAUCAAAUCGUGAGUGUAUACCCAAGAAACAAUGUCCAUGUUGCAGUGUGGUCCAUUCCAGUUACAAGAAGAAAAUUCCAUCAAGUUUCCAAGAAGCCAUAAAUGGACCAGAUGCUGAAAAGUGGAAAACAGCUGAUGACAAGGAACUGAAAGCCCUGCAGAUGCAAGAUACCUGGGAGAUCGUAAGAAGACCGCCAGAGGCCAGAGUCAUUGGAUGGGUUUAUUAAACUUUGA